CCCAACGCAGGUGUCGGCGUGUUUUUUUUCCAUAGCAGAUGCAGGCUUCUUGAACCGUUCUGGACCAGUGAAGCAACUUACCUCGAUGUCGUUACCCUCUCGGGAAGGACGAAAGGAGACAAACUCUGAAUGCAGACAGUAAAGGUGCCUGACUAGCUGCUUGGCAGGGACCAUCAGGCAGGAGCAGGAGUGAGAGCCCGCGGUCUGCACGGCCGGAUCCCAGCCCUGUGCCUUGUCCUGCAGCCUGACCCCCAGCAUGCCGGGCCCCCGCCUGCUGGCGGCGCUCUGCGGCGCGCUGCUCUGCGCCUCUGGCCUCUUCGCUGCCUCCGGUGACUUCUGUGACUCCAGUGAGUGCCUGAAUGGUGGGACCUGCUUGUUGGGUGUGGACGACCGCGCCUUCUACUGCCUCUGCCCCGAAGGCUUCACGGGCGUCAUCUGCAACGAGACUGAGACAGGUCCCUGUUUCCCGAACCCCUGCCACAAUGAUGCCCUGUGCCAGGUGACCGAUGAAUCACAGCGCGGGGAUGUCUUCACCGAGUACAUCUGCAAGUGCCCUCAAGGCUACACAGGCAUCCACUGUGAGACCGUCUGCGCCACGCCGCUGGGCAUGGAGACCGGUGCCAUCGCCAACUGGCAGAUCUCCGCCUCGUCCAUGCACUUCGGCUUCAUGGCUGUGCAGCGCUGGGCCCCAGAGCUGGCCCGCCUGCACCGCUCGGGCAUUGUCAACGCCUGGACAGCCAGCAACUACGAUAAGAGACCCUGGAUCCAGGUGAACCUGACACGGAAGAUGCGGGUGACGGGCGUGGAGACGCAGGGCGCCAGCCGCGCGGGCAGUGCUGAGUACGUGAAGACUUUCAAAGUGGCCUACAGCCUCAACGGGAGAAAGUUCCAGUUCCUGCAGACAGAAGCGGGCCUGGGAGACAAGAUAUUCGUGGGUAAUGUGGACAACAAUGGCGUGAAGACCAACAUGUUUGACUUCCCUCUAGAGGUGCAGUAUGUGAGGCUGGUGCCUGUCACCUGCCACCGGGGCUGCACCCUGCGCUUUGAGCUCCUUGGCUGUGAGCUGAAUGGAUGCUCCGAACCCCUGGGCCUGAAGGACAACACCAUCCCCGACAAGCAGAUCACGGCCUCCAGCACCUACAGGACUUGGGGCCUGGGUUCCUUCAGCUGGCAUCCCUACUAUGCGCGGCUGGACAAGCAGGGCAAGUUCAACGCCUGGACCGCUGAGAGAAACUCCGCCUCCGAGUGGCUGCAGAUCGACUUGGGCUCCCAGAAACAAGUGACCGGCAUCAUCACGCAGGGGGCCCGCGACUUCGGCCACAUCCAGUACGUGGCAGCCUACAAGGUGGCCCACAGUGACGAUGGCGUGAGCUGGACCGAGUACAGGGACGAGGGGGCCGAAGACAGCAAGAUCUUCCCAGGAAACUUCGACAAUAAUUCCCACAAGAAGAACGUGUUUGAGACGCCCUUCCUGGCUCGCUUUGUGCGCAUCCUGCCCGUAGCCUGGCACAACCGGAUCACCCUGCGUGUAGAGUUGCUGGGCUGUUAGUAGGUCUGGCUGAAGUGGCUGGGGCGCCUGCCCCUUCCCCGUCCCCUGACCUUCUGUGGGCCUGCUGCCUCUGCCACCCACCCCCCUCCUGAUUGUAGCGCCGUGGUGGGGGGUUCAGUCACCUCUCCCUCCCCUGUCCUCCUCAUGCCCCACUUCCCACCUGCCCCUGUCACCGGCCCUCACACCAUCCCAUUUUCUUGGCGCUGUGGGGGCACAGUAGGUCUGGGGCGGACAGAGAACGAGGCUGGGGGGUGGGCUGCCUGCACCGCUCCAGAUCCCUGCCCCCCCCAUCCUAGGCUCCCAGCCCUGCAGGAAGGCCUUGAGGCACCAGGCUGGAGAUAACCGCCCCCUGCCCCCCAGCCGUGAGGCAUGAUGCUGCCACUCUCCAUGCCGCCACCUGGCCCUCCCCCCUCAUGUCCCUGGAGACCCCUCUGACCCUUGUGCUGCAGCCCAGAAAGACAGAACGGGGUGGGGCGGGUCUGUGGCGAGAUGUGGGUGGGCACAGGGGUCUUGAGUGCACUGGCAGCUUCCAAAAUAUAUUUAUAUCACU